AUGGACUCCUUCGACCUCGACCUUGCCGCCCUCAUUGCGUCCGCUCCGACCGUGCCUACGAUGGCGCCGACUCAGACCACGAACGCGGAGGGCAUGACCUACAUCGACCUGUCCACCUUCGUCGAGCCCGGACAGCUGCCGGUCGACGAGGAGCGCUCGCACGGGUCGUUCACGGGACACCCUGCACCCCCGCGUCCGAAGCAGACGCCCUCAUUCCCUCCACACCACCCACUCGGCGCGCCACCGUCGCGAGUUCAACAACUCCCGACGGUCGUGGCGCCGAGAGCCAACCCAGUCUACCAGCCGUAUCUUUAUUCUUCAGAUAUUCGCCCGGACAAUCUUUUAUCCUAUCUAUUCCGCCCGGUCGCUCUAUCGAGUGGCCACGAUGCGGUCUUCGGACAGUUCACCUUAUUUGAUCAUGGGUGGCCCGCCCUUGUCGAGGACGGUCAAUCCGCCUCCCGAUGAGGCAGGCUCACCACCGCCAUAUGGACAAUUCAACUUGCACUUUGGACUUGCUGUAACCUCUAUCUCUACUCGCUCUCCUCGUCCCCCGUAUUCACCUACCCACCUACGUCCUUGCGCGACAUUCUCCCUACCUUGAGCUACCUUCCGCGAGCGAGGCUUUUCUUUUUCUACUGUACUGUCCGCUACUUUAUCGCCGCCAUUUCCCAUGGUUGGCAGAUUCCGGGCCUCCUGCCGUACCUAUGCGUCCUUGCCUUUGUUCUCGUACCUAUGCACCAUCAUACACGUUGUCAAUGUAUGCAUGCGCCGCUUUUGUGGCAGCUUUGUCUCGUAUGGGUGGG